AAUAACAAAAUUUAGUUGCUUGCUUGUUUGUCUUUAUCCUAUUUUCCGGGCGAAACUAAACAAAGAAAGAAGAGAAGAAGAAGAAGAAUCAAUCGUGCUUUAUCUUUCACGCCGUAAGAAGUUUUUCGUCUCACAAUUUAUACGCAAAACUCCUCAAUGGAAAUCGAGGAAUCUAGCUCGUCUCGUUUAGAUAGUAUUCGUGUCCAGCGUAAGACGUUGCAGAACUUGCUCGACGAUUGCCAAAGAGCUCUCCACCUUCUAAAUCUCUCCGAUGAUGUGGAUAACAGCGACCGCGUUGGCCAACGUAGUGACUCACCGGAUAAAUUGUAUGAUCUCAUCAAAUCUAGGGUUGAAUGUCACGACUUUAGGGACAGGAUAGAGUUAGGUCAAGCUUCUAUUCUCCAAGUCAUUAAUCCUGCAGAAGAUGGUGGUAGCUCUUGGGAUGUAGUUAGUGAUGACGAUUUAAUAUCGGUGGGUAUGGAAGAUGAUGAUUAUGUGGUCGUUAGGGAAGAAGAUAUAACUGAUGCUAUUGCUUGUUUCAUGGUUACUUAUUUAUCUUCCCUUGAGCAGACUAAGGAUAUAUCACCUGAUCAGCUUCAGAAAGCACUUAGCACCAUGUUUUCUGUGAAGAAGAGUAAGGGGAAGCUUCGUAAAGCAUGGGAAGGUAGUAAUGUUAUUUACAACCUAGCUUCAUGGAGCGCCACUGCCAUUGGGAUAUAUCAAAACCCGAUGAUCCUGAGUAUUGCAUCUAAAGCCUUCUGGGUGUCUUUCAAGGCUAUAUCAAAGCUCGUCUGAAUGGGAACCACACAUCUCUCACAAAUCACAGGGUGGUGGUGCUCCUCAUUAGUUACAACAAUGUUUCUUAUAUCAUUUCAUUUAUAUCUUCUGGAUGAUAUAUGUUCACAUUCUGAAAUAAAAUCUUUAU